AUGGGUUAUCAAUUUCGUUUAGCAAAUUGGAAUGAAGACGACAAUCCAACUCGUGAUCGUGAUGCUAGAGCUCUAAGAUAUUUGUUGGCUUCUAAUUAUUAUUCUUCGGUUGCUUUCAACAAUCAUACGAGAUCAACUGGAAUCAAUGGUCAUGUUUUUCCUGAUAAUGUCAUGCAAAAUAAUUCUCUUCAUUCCACAUAUAUUCAUUUUCACUCAAACACUACUACUAGUCAUGCUACUAAUAAUAAUCAGUAUCCUUCUCCUAUGGUACUUUCAACAAUCGUAAAUAGUAGUGAUUAUAAUGACAAUCAAACUUCUCAUUCUUUCGACUCGUCCGAGCCAAUAAUUUUUGGUUCAUCUCCCACUUUAGUUCCUACUACAGGAAGAAGUACUACUCAGUAUAUCAAUACAACACGUCAGCCAUCAUCUAUGUAUCCAAGUAUUACACAACUUGGAACUGCUCCAUCAAAUUAUCGUCAUGUUCAAGGUAGAGAAGGAAAUCAUAAUAAUAAUGAUAGUUCUAUUUCAUUCAGUAAUGGUAGAAUUAACAAUGAUAAUGCAUCUGCUAUUGUUACUUCAACUGGUACUGAUAAUGCUUCAUUUAAGAGAAGUAGAUCACCAGAUUUUGUGAGAGGGGAGACUUCAAAUCAAGGUUCACAAGAGAGUGGAACCUUAAGAAGACGCACAAAUUCUCCUCCUUCUACUACUUUUCAGCAAGAAAGUGUGAACAAUAAUAACAUAUCUUCAAUUCCUUUAACUCCUUUAUCAACGCCAUACAACAACAACAACAAUAAUAAUAACGUCAUUUCAAGUAUGUUACGACAACAAGUGAACCAAUCAGGUGUAAGUGAGACACACAAUUCCAUUACAGGAGAGUCUCGCAUAAUUAACCGACGUCCUACCCAUGAUGGUCCAGCAGGAUUUUUUGAUGAUACACCAUCAUACAAUUACCCAGCUCAAUCUAUCAUUGAUGGGGAUGUCAUUCGAUUCUUGUUUCCUUAUCAACAAGAAACUCAUCGAACCAACUUCACAAGGUCCCGAAGAACUGAACUAGCGUAUGCUUCUACCUUUGAAGCAUAUUUAUAUCCUUCAACAAUGACAGGAAGAAUAACUCAAGCAGUAAUGAGUACAUCAUCUUUUGAAAGAAAUAAUAAUUUCUUUUCUUCUAGAGCAGGCUCAUCUUCAUCCUCUCAAAGUUUAGGUUGGGGGUUUAAUGGUUUUAACAAUAACAUCAAUAACAACUUGGAUUUAUUUGAUUUUAUACAUCAGAGAAUUGAUGAUACAUUUGUUCGUAGCACCAUAAAUGUUCAACAAUAUGUAAGGCUUUUACCAGGAGGUCGAGUGAUUAGAUUUCUUGCUCCAUCUAUUGUUCCUAUGUGGUCAAAUAGUUUUGUACCACAACAACCACAACCGCCUUCUGAUCCAAGUAGUUAUCGCUUAAACUCUCAUCCAGCUCUUUCUAGAACAACAUUUAGUGUUGAUGUAGAAUCUAAUCAGUACAUACAGAUGAGUACAUCAUUGGCUAGAUCAGGGAAUCAUCUCGAUAAUAACCAUAUUCUCACCCCAACUUCUCCCGAUCUAAGGGCACAAAGGAACAUGCUUAGGAAUGAGGACUUACCGAUAUUGGAUUAUUCAAUUGUGUUAAAUGUGCUUGAUUCUCAAGAACUUAUGGACAUGCUAUAUAAUAUAGAUGAUUGGCCACGCGAGGUAAUUUUAGCCCUCGAAGAAAACGUUGAGAGGGUCGAGACAGGGCUCACUGAAGAGGAGAUCCUCACAAAUAUUGAGACGGAAACUCAUGUGUCAGAUUUAAAUGAAACUAGCACACACAGCAAAACUUGUACAAUUUGUCAGGAAGAUUAUGUGGAAGGGGAAAUCAUUGGAAGAUUGGAUUGCAGGCACAUAUAUCACCUUGAAUGCAUCAAGCAAUGGUUAUUGCUGAAGAAUGCAUGUCCAAUAUGUAAGCAGAGAGCUCUGGAAGUUGAUGAAGAUGAGGAUUAA